AUGGUAUUUCUCGCCCUGUACAUGACCACAGACAAACGUAUUCGUAGGCAUGCAGUGACUCGUAGGCUCAUCACAGUGUUUCGAAUGGGCUCUGAGGGACAGCAGGAUAUCGAGAUGUCCAUCCUCACCGCUCUGCUCAAAGGGACAAACGCUUGUGCCACAGAUCAGCUGAGUCUGGCUCUGGCCUGGAACAGAGUCGACAUCGCACGCAACCAGAUCUUUGUCUACGGACUCCACUGGCCGCCGGUGAUUGGAAUGGCGAGUGACCGUCCCAAAAGCCCUGGAGCUGCUCAGCGCGUGGUGACUGUGGCCGGGAAGUGGAAAGCCAAAGGGAAGAAAAACAAAGCCAAAGAAAAACCUGAACCCCCCAAAGAGACAGACCCACGCAAACUGGAGCUGCUCAACUGGGUGAACGCUCUGGAGCAGUCUAUGAUGGACGCUCUGGUGUUGGACAGAGUCGACUUUGUCAAACUUCUGAUCGAAAACGGAGUCAACAUCCACCACUUCCUCACCAUCCCCCGACUGGAGGAGCUCUACAACACGAAACUAGGACCUCCCAACACGUUGCACUUUGUGGUCAGAGACGUAAAGAAGGGGAACCUUCCUCCGGAUUACCAGAUCACAUUGAUUGACAUCGGUCUGGUGCUGGAGUUCCUGAUGGGCGGAGCUUAUCGCUGUAACUACACCAGGAAAACCUUCAGGACGCUCUACAACAACCUGUACGGACUCAAGCGGCCCAAAGCUCUGAAACUUCUUGGCAUGGAGGACGAUGAACCGCGACAAAAGGGUAAAGGAAAGAAAACCAAGAAGAAAGAGGAGGAGGUCGACAUUGACGUGGACGACCCCGAGGUCAGCAGGUUCCAGUACCCCUUCCACGAGCUGAUGGUGUGGGCAGUUCUCAUGAAGCGGCAGAAGAUGGCGCUGUUCUUGUGGCAGAGGGGUGAGGAGGCCAUGGCCAAAGCUCUGGUGGCCUGUAAAUUGUACAAAGCCAUGGCUCACGAGUCGUCUCAGAGUGAACUGGUGGACGACAUCUACCAAGACCUGGAGAACAACUCAAAAGAGUUUGGUCAGCUGGCGUAUGAGCUUCUGGACCAGUCGUACAAACGUGAUGAGCAGGUGGCCAUGAAGCUCCUGACCUACCAACUGAAGAACUGGAGCAACUCCACCUGCCUCAAACUGGCCGUGGCCGCGAAACACCGAGACUUCAUCGCUCACACCUGCAGCCAGAUGCUCCUCACGGACAUGUGGAUGGGCUGUCUGCGCAUGGGCAAAAGCAACAGCCUCAAGGUGAUUUUGGGCAUCAUCUUCCCUCCGUUCAUUUUACUCAUGGACUUUCGUCUCGGAGAUGAGUCUUCCAGUGAGGAGCCCAAAGGCAAAGAUGAAGAUAACAAGUCCAACAAGGAUGCAGUGUCAAACGUUGACACCACCUCUAAAAAAGGAGAUGAAGAGGAGGACCCAAAGGCCCAUAAGAAGAGAGUUCCAAUUGGGAAGAAGAUUUAUGAGUUUUACAACGCGCCGUUCACAAAAUUCUGGUUCAACACUAUCUCGUACCUGGUUUAUCUGAUGCUCUACAACUACAUCAUCCUGGUGAAGAUGGAGCGAUGGCCGUCUCUUCAGGAGUGGAUCGUCAUCUCUUACAUCAUCACCCUGGGCCUCGAGAAAGUCCGACAGAUCCUGAUGUCGGAGCCGGGGAAGCUGAAGCAGAAGAUAAACGUGUGGCUGGAGGAUUACUGGAACAUCACGGACCUGGCCGCCAUCUCCACCUUCCUCCUGGGGCUGUUGCUACGGUUACAGGCCGAACCCUACAUGGGCUACGGCCGCGUCAUCUACUGCGUGGACAUCAUCUUCUGGUACAUCCGGGUGCUCGACAUCUUCGGAGUCAACAAGUACCUGGGCCCCUAUGUCAUGAUGAUCGGGAAAAUGAUGAUAGACAUGCUGUACUUCGUGGUGAUCAUGCUGGUGGUCCUGAUGAGUUUCGGCGUGGCGAGACAGGCCAUCCUGCACCCGGACGAGGAGCCCACGUGGCGCCUGGCGAGGAACAUCUUCUACAUGCCGUACUGGAUGAUCUACGGAGAGGUGUUUGCGGACUCCAUUGACCUGUACGCCAUGGAAAUUAACCCCCCGUGUGGUGAGAACAUGUACGACGAGGACGGGAAGAAGCUGCCGCCCUGUAUCCCCGGGGCCUGGCUCACUCCCGCCAUCAUGGCCUGUUACCUGCUCGUGGCCAACAUCCUCCUGGUGAACCUGCUCAUCGCCGUCUUCAAUAACACGUUCUUCGAGGUGAAGUCCAUCUCUAACCAGGUGUGGAAGUUCCAGAGGUACCAGCUGAUCAUGACGUUCCACGACCGGCCCAUCCUCCCUCCUCCUCUCAUCGUGUUCCCCCACAUCUACCUCACGCUCAGGAGGAUCUGCUGCCGCUGCCGUCCCCGCAAGGCAGAGGGCGACCACGACGAGCAUGACCGAGGACUGCAGCUGGUGCUGAGCCCAGAGGAGCUGAAGAGUUUGUAUGAGUUCGAGGAGCAGUGUGUGGAGGAAUAUUUCAGGGAGAAGGAGGACGAGAAACAGUCCUCCAACAACGAGCGCAUCCGGGUCACAUCUGAGAGGGUGGAGAACAUGUUCAUGCGUCUGGAGGAGGUGAACGAGAGGGAGCACUCCAUGAAGGCCUCCCUGCAGACCGUGGACCUGCGCCUGGGUCAGCUCGAGGAGUUCUCCGGGCGAAUGAUGAACGCUCUGGAGAAACUGGCCGGGAUAGACCGCUCCCAGCUGGUCCGCUCCAGAUCCAGAGACUCGUCCGUCUGCGACCCCUCGGCCCUGAUGAGACACGGGAGCAUCAACAGCUCGGACGGGUACAGUCUGUACAGGUACCAACUCGAGACGGACGACAAGGGGACGGUCGCCACGGAGACGGAGGAGAGGAAGAGUCAGCUCAGUCCGGAGAGGAGAGGUCCAACAGAGAAAGGCACAGGUGCAGCCGAGCCCAGUGCUGCGGUGAAGGAGUUUGGCACGACUCUGGAGGUGAGCGGGCAGAAGGAGCGAAGACCCUCUGUAUCUUCUAACGUGGACAUCCUGAUCACACCCAGCGAAUCAGAACCCCCGAAACCAGACCAAGACCAAGACCAAGACCAGCCCACUCUGAGUCCUGAUCCAACCCAAACGACGCCAACGACUGCAGACAAACCCAAACUGGAGGCUACCACUUCAUACCCCCUCGAAAAAGCCAAAGUUAUGCAAUUUUUAUCAUCUCCGUCUUUCACCUCUCCUCCCGCUCGAAGAAGAGCCAUGAGCAACCAAUGGGCAACUAGUUUUACAAUGGAGCAGGGGUCCAAAUCUCCCAUCGUGCACCGCUGGGGGUCAGAACACAAAAAAGUGCACCCCUGUUCGACUUUGGGGCAAGCUUCGGCAGUUUCGGUGGAGAAAUUCGAGAUACGAAGCAGUGACUCAAAACAAGGAGAAGAGGAGGACGAUGAGGACGAGGAGGAGAGGAGGUACCCGGUGCUCAGGUCCAAAAGUCUGAACGAAAAACCGAGAAAGAAGAGAAAAGAGGAAGGAGAGAAGCCGCGUGGGGCGAGCAGCGUCAAAGAUCUGGUGUCUGCGUUUAGCUCCAGGACUGAGGGACAACCAGACUCAUGA